CCUAGAGUGGAGCACCCACAGGGACAGCACUCGAAGAAGAAUCAUAAUGUCAAAAAGAUGAAGAUGGAGAGACAACUAUUGUUUUUGAAAAAGAUCAUUUUUUGGCUGACUUCUUCCAGCAGGUUGAGGAACUCAAACAAUAUAGCUAAAAUAGCACAAAAUGUGGAAGAAGUUAAGAAGAAACACAGCAUUAUCUUGUCUGCACCAAAUUCUGAAGGCACUAUUGAACAAAGUUUUGAUCAAGAUGGGAAUGCUAAUCGAACAUCAGUUGAAGUCAGGAUACAAAAAACACAGCACUCGGUAUUGUCCUGGAAGCUUGUGGAGGUCAUGACAGAAUACAAUAAGAUCCAGACUCAGUUUCCAGAACGCAGCAAAGGACGGAUACAGCGACAGUUAGAAAUAACUGGGAAAAACACCACUGAUGAAGAACUGGAAGAAAUGUUAGAAAGUGGUAAUCCUUCUAUUUUCACUUGUGAUAUUAUAUCGGACUCCCAAAUUACUAGACAAGCUCUGAAUGAAAUUGAGUCACGACACAAAGAUAUUAUGAAACUGGAAUCCAAUAUGCGGGCGCUACAUGACAUGUUUACGGACAUGGCUAUGUUUGUUGAGACUCAGGGUGAAAUGAUCAACAGCAUAGAAAAGAAUGUGGUGAAUGCAUCAGAUGAUACAGAACAUGCUAAAGAGAACACAAAAGAGGCAGUUAAAUAUCAAAGUAAAGCACGAAGGAGAGAUGUAGACUCCGAGGCUGUGGAAUGUCUGCUGGAUCUCGGACACGUCGAUCUGGCCUGGGCACAAGCACAGGGACCAUGCAGGUAAGACACAAACUCCUCGAAGUCCAGCUCACCGUCCCGGUCCGUGUCGCCCUCGCGCAGGAUCUCCUGGGGGGAGAGCGGCCGUGAGGACCUGCUGCCCGACAUCCCACCUCCACUGCUGAGAGA